CGCUGACAGCCAGCCUCAACACCGAUCCACACAUCACCGUGCGCCCGUCGUCGCUCACAUCAUCAGCUGCACGGGAUACUCCGGGUUGUACAAUUCCUGGGGUAGCGGUGGUAGGUCGGCCCGUUAUUUACUCUGGCUUCUAGAGGAGUGUCAUCUUUAUCUCCCGUGACAGCUUCACUGUGGACACCAAAGACUGACAGCAUCUGUGGGCGCUACGAUGGAUGCUUCAAGUGCGCUCUCGUGAUCUACGCUCACCGGCUCGGUGGGGUCGUUUCAGCUUCCGUUUCAAACGGAAAGGAUAGAUUAUAUGCACAGCUCCUGCCUGUACGCGCAGUGAACGGGUAAAGAUGGGGAGCACGACCUCUUGCUGCGUGUCUGGGAGCCCCAAGCUCCGCAGAAAUGCCCACUCCAGGCUGGAGUCGUACCACCAGGAGUCGGAUAUGAGUAGGGAGGAGACGGGAUGCAACCUGCAGCACAUCAGCGACAGGGAGAACGUUGACGAGUUGAAUAUGGAGUACAAUCCAUCAGACCAUCCACGGGCGAGCACAAUAUUCCUCAGCAAAUCACAGAAUGACGAGGUAGCAUACAGGACUGUGCGGGAGAAAAGAAAGAGUCUCUUCAUCAUUAAUCACGGAACUUUGAGGCGCAAAUACAGCUCCUGCUCCACCAUCUUCCUGGAUGACAACACAGUCAGCCAGCCCAACCUCAAAUACACCAUCAAAUGUGUAGCAUUGGCAAUAUACUACCAUAUAAAAAACAGAGAUACAGACGGUGGGACGCUAUUAGAUAUCUUUGAUGAGAGGCUUCACCCUCUCUCGAAAUCAGAGGUUCCACCGGACUACAAUCAACACGAUCCGGAGCAGAAGCAGAUUUACCGUUUUGUCAGGACACUGUUCAGUGCUGCUCAGCUCACUGCUGAGUGUGCAAUUGUCACACUGGUUUAUCUGGAGAGGCUCCUGACCUAUGCAGAGAUUGACAUAUGUCCAGGAAACUGGAAGAGGAUCGUUCUGGGUGCUAUCCUGCUGGCUUCCAAAGUCUGGGAUGAUCAAGCUGUCUGGAAUGUCGACUACUGUCAGAUUCUCAAGGACAUCACAGUGGAGGACAUGAACGAAUUGGAGCGACAGUUUCUGGAGCUGCUGCAGUUCAACAUCAACGUGCCGUCCAGCGUCUACGCCAAGUACUACUUUGACCUGCGAUCUCUCUCAGAGUCGAACAACCUCAGCUUCCCCCUGGAGCCGCUCAGCAGGGAGAAAGCUCAAAAACUGGAGGCCAUCUCCAGGCUAUGUGAUGACAAGUACAAAGACGUGCGGAAAGCUGCCAGGAAGCGCUCGGCGAGCAUGGACAAUCUAUGCGGGAUCCGAUGGGUUCCUGCAAUCCUCCCUUAACCACUAAUAUGCUGUCAUAUAGUGAAGAGUGACAUCGUACUGCAGACGCUGCCUGAAGGAGAAAAUGUGUGUUUGUGCUCAGUGGAAGUGUGUCAGUGUGAAUGGACCCAGGAUGCAAAGCUACAUUCUGGAACAGCGAGUGUAACCUGGCACCAUCCAAUGGACCUGGAGUCAAGAAUCGCAAACUACAGUUGUAGUUUUAGAAGAUUAAGCGAACAAGACGUGUUUCUACUUUAACUUAAAUGCCUUCAUAGUGCCUCGAUAUUUUUGUACUGUAAGAGGGAAGGGAGUUACUGGUUGUCACGUCAACCAUUCAAAGACAUUCGGAGACAACUCUAGUUUUGGAGUAUAAAGGAAAUCCAGGACAAGACAAAGGUCUGAAACUUUUGAGGACAUGGCAUUGUCAACCUGUCUCAGUGUAAAAAGUCUCAGUUUGGUUUUCUGGUUUUGUCCAGACAAAUCUCUCGGUUUUAACUAGCUUCAGAGAUUCUAAAUAACCUGUCUUUCAGAUAACCCUGCGUAUUAUUUAUUUAUUUUCUAAGUACUUUUCAAAAUUUUCAACCGUGUUUGGCAAUUAGUAGUGUAGCACAGGACUUUCUACUGGUUAUUUAUUUCUUUGAUGGGAGUAAGAAUAAUAAAGAUUUCUUCUCUGGAAAUAUUCAAGGUUUACAGUUCUAGUGUACCUCUUUAUGCUCAGGUAGUCUGGUUGAUAUGUCGAUUGACUGUAAUGCUCCUUAUUUCGGUUACUGGGAGGAGAAAUGAGAUUAGAUAAUGAAAUAAACACCAUAGAAAGAAAGGGCUAGAAUACAUUAAAAGUAUCCCUAUAGAUGUAUCAGUAUAGCAAAAAUCACCAGGUUUUCCUUCAGUAACAUGACUCCACAAAUUCAAAAGCAGGAGCCAGCACGACCCUCUGCUGACAUCUAGUGGUUAUUUGAGGUGUUGCAGAAAAAGGCUGCCAGUCCAGGGUACGGUCAUUUAAAAGAGUAGUUUACAGAAACUACCAUAAAAUUCUACCAUACCGCAGACGAAGUUACGUGUUACGUUAUGUGUUAACAUUACAUCGAAAAAGUAUCUGCAACACAUGUUUCAGAGAACAUGUUUCCUAUUAUCCCAAAUAAUCCACAUUUCUUGCAGUGAACAGUCUUUUUAGACGUUGUAGUCAAAUUAUACACAGUAAUGUUUGUUUAAAAUUUGAACACUGGCUGAAUGGGAAAAAAGAGAAAAGAUAGGUGAAAAGAUGGAAAGUUAUUUUGUACUGAACAUUUAUUUAACAAAACAAUAUCCAUUUACUGUCAAACUCAAAUGUGCUGUUGCUACCUAACAAAAUGUUUUAUAGUCAAGUAAAAUUUAAUGUCUAACUUCAAACAAAGAGAAUGAUAUAACUGGUCUGACAAGUGCACUGACCACUGGAUGCAGAUGUGAGGAGGCUACCCAACAUUCCUUUGUUUAUAUAUGUUCAGUAUUAUAGCAUUACUGACUGUAUAUAUCACAUUUACUGUUCAUCUGGAAAAUCUGGUAAAAAGCCCCGGUCUCAUGAGCUUCAUGCUCAGUGUAUCCUACCCUGGCUACUGUCUUUAUUUACAGUAUUAACAUGUCCUUGGAUGGAUGCUUGAAGGACUUGCUGACAUGUCUGGGUUAAAGGGUUUCUGUUUUGCAACUUCUCAAACCCUAUGAAACCCAAAGUUCCUCAAAUAUAGGGGUAAGCCAAAAAAGAGAGCUGUUUUCCUUGUGUUUGAUGAGGUCAUUUUUGUAGUUAUACAAGUUUUCACAGGACACGUUAGUAAGAUAGCACGCAACUCAAUAACAAUAUGAACCAAAGAAAAGUGUAUUAAUUGUAUGACUGCAACUUCACAAAUAUCUAAUGCCUCAAAUCCCACAAAGUUCUUAUCUCAUAUCCCAAAAUAUUUGUUUUAUUAGAAGCAAAGUAAACACAAGUCUCAUCUACUAGUUAUGUAUGAUUGGUAGUCUUUGAUCAUCAACAACGUGUCCUUGAUAAAGGGUGUCUUGAAUCCCUGUGUUUAAUCAUGACACGCUAGUACUACUGCUUAAUCUUUAAAUUUCCACUCACCUUUAAAAACAUUGUUUUGUAAUUUGGAUUUUCUCAUUUGGGCAAGAUAUGAAUUUUUCCAUGUUUCUUUUCACCUCAGUGUCUCAACGCUAAACCAGUAAAAUAUAGAAAUAUAGUGUAGUUAUUUUGGAAAUUAACUUUGUACAGUGUAUAAAGAGUUCAAAAACUGAAACAGGUUAAAUUUAAGUUAUUUAUGGAUGUG